GGCGGCUGCGCGGGGCGCGGCAGCGGCUCUGAGGGAAACUGCGCUCUCCUGAGGGACGAGGAGCUCCGCCGGGCCCGGCAGCGCCGCCCCUGCCACCGCCCCGCGGCUGGGGGAGUGUGUGUGGGGGUGCUGACAGGCGAGCGGCGGCGGGAGGACCCGCCAUGCUGCUGGAGUUUCUGUCACCUUUGCCAUUUCAGAGGGCCACCAAGAUCUUUUCAUAGGACUAAACAGCACCUCAACACUUGAAUUAUGAGGCACUGCAAACCUGUGAAGAACUCUCCUCCUGCUCCUUUUUUGGCCACCAGCUGAUGUCUUGAAGCGUGAGGUUGAAGCACUGAUGAUGGAGAUGCAGAAUCCAGACAAGGGCAUCAAGACACAGACGCAGGUCGUGAUGAUCACAAACAUCCCACACGCUGUGACAGGUAAUGAUAUAAUGCAGUGGAUUCUCCAACGCUUGCAGAUCACUCCGGAAGAGGCACUCCACCUGGGGGACCUGUUUGUUAAAUAUGGAUACAUCUACCCUCUUCAGGAGCCAAAGAAUCUCACCCUUAAACCAGACGUCAGCCUGUACAGGUUUCAAACCCCCUAUUUCUGGCCCGUGCAGAGCUGGCCUGCUGACGACACAGACUACGCGAUUUACCUGGCAAAGAAGAACAUUAAGAGGAAAGGGAUUUUAGAGGAGUAUGAAAAGGAACAUUACAACAUGCUCAAUCAAAAACUGAACUACAAGUGGGAUUUUGUCAUUAUGCAGGCCAAAGAGCAGUAUAAGGCAGGGAAGGAGCGGAAGAAGGCGGACAGGUAUGCCCUGGACUGCCAGGAGAGAGCCUACUGGCUGGUGAACCGAACUCCGCCCGGCAUGAUCAACACCCUUGACUAUGGACUAGACCGUGUAGCGGAUCCCAAUGAAAAUAAGAAAAAAACCAUGGACGUUUAUAGGAGAGAGAUCAUGUACUAUCAGCAGGCCAUGGUGAAGCCCAGAGUGAAAUCUUCUGUCUCUAUUGGAGGGCUUGUGAAAUACUCUGAGCAGUUCCUCUCCAAUGAUCCUAUCGUGUCUGGAUGUCUCCCCAGCAACCCCUGGAUAACAGAUGACCCUGAGUUCUGGGAUCUCAAUGCCAAGCUGGUGGAAGUCCCCACCAAGAUGCGUGUGGAGCGCUGGGCCUUCAACUUCAGCGAGCUGAUGCGGGACCCCAAAGGUCGGCAGAACUUCCAGCUCUUCCUGAAGAAGGAGUUCAGCGGAGAGAAUCUGGGUUUCUGGGAAGCCUGUGAGGAUCUCAAGUAUGGAGACCAAUCCAAGGUCAAAGAAAAAGCAGAAGAAAUUUAUAAGCUCUUCCUGGCUCCAGGAGCAAGGCGCUGGGUUAACAUUGAUGGCACAACAAUGGGCAUCACAGUCAAAGGCCUCAAGCACCCUCAUCGCUAUGUUUUAGAUGCUGCUCAGACCCACAUAUACAUGCUGAUGAAAAAGGACUCCUAUGGCCGCUAUUUAAAGUCUCCAGUGUACAAGGAAAUGCUGGCCAAGGCUAUUGUGCCACAAGAGACUGUCAAAAAAAGCUCUGGUUUGUUCGGACGCCGACAGCUCCGCUCCAGCCCCAGUCCUGUCAUCCUGAGGCAGCAGGAGGAAGAGGCCAAAGCCAAAGAAGCUGCCACGACCGUGGACAUCACGCAGGUCAUGAGCAAGCUGGAUCGCAGGAGCCAGCUCAAGAAGGAAGAACCUCCUCCUAAGUAGGCUCUGAGCCCUGCAGGGCACAGCGCAGGGAAAAGACAAGCCGAGGCUGGCAUUGAGCUUCGUCUCCCCUUCCUGAAGGUGUCAGUGCUGCUUUAGGUUUUCCAGGCCGGCUCUGCCAACAGCCUGUUUCCCGCACGUUCGUUUCCAUGGCUUCUGAAGCAGCAGAUGUCACUUCCCAGGCAUGUCAGGUGUGGGAUUGCUGCCGGAGCCAGGCUGCUGGCUGUGCUGGACUCGGGGUGCAGGGCCCAGGCAAACCUUGGAGAGGGGAUGCCUUCUGGCUGUCCCAAACCCUCUCUGGAGUCUGGUCACUCCAGCUGUGUCUCCCUGCCUCCUGCUCCUCCAGGAGCUGGGAUAGCAUGAGGCAGGGGUAGAGAUCUGCCAUCCCAGUGCUUUGGGUUCAAAUCAGCCUUCCUGGGAGCAGAGUUGGAGCAGGGAGCUCCUGCAGGGAGCAGGGUGAGGUGGCCCAUCUUGGAGUGUGUCUGUGCUGGAGUCCAUCCUCUCAGGGCGAUGUGCACCCUCCCAAGGGGUGCAUUCUUGGCACCCCCUGACAGGAGUGCACCCCUUGCUUGAAGGAUCUUGCACCUCUUAGCCAGGGCACUGGAGCCACUGGCAAAAGAGCAGGGUUGACUUCUCGUGAAAAGGGGAGGAUGAGCAUUUCUGAAGGUUGACCCUCUGUUUUAAUGACACCCUCAAGUCCUCCCUGAUAUGUGGGAGAUGAUCAGUGGAAAUCUCUGCUCUCCCCAGAGACUCCCCUGCCCCAUGAGCUGGGUGUGUAGGUGCAGAGCCAGCUCAAGAGCCUGCAGGAGGGCCUGAGAGAUGCAGCCACAGCUUUGUGUUUCUUUUAUUGAAUCCUUCCUAACUCUUGUCUUGUCUUUUUCCUGCUCUUCUAUUUUCAGCUGUUAAAGAAAAAGCUAACAGAAGGUACUUCCAGUUGUCACUGGCUUGUAGCCCAGAGACAAGAAAGAACCAGGGUAGAGGCGUUAAGAGCUGAUUUCAACUUUUAGUGGUGUGUUGUUUUUUUUGUUGUUUGGUUGGUUGGUUUUUUUAAUUUGCUCUAUCUUUUUUGCUCUAUAGAAUGAGGCAACCUAAACUACUAAGUUAGUGGUGAAGAGCUCAGGGAGAUUCCAGCCUUUGCUGGGAAACCCCAGCAUGUCUGGACCUGGCCAGUGAUUACCAGAAGUGGGAGGAUUCCUUCUGAGCCCAGUAAAGGGAAUUAGGGGGGCAGAAAAGCUUCCUUGUUUGUUAACAUUCAGGGGAAGCAGAAGGACUGAGUGGGAAGCGUGGAGGUCUAGGAAAGCUUCUUCACUCUGGUUUAUAUUGUUCAUCUGUUUUUACUACUGAAAUAAUUUUACAGGAAAUGGGAGAUGGAGAAAGCUGGAUGUGAGUAGGAGCCCUCAGGUACCAGGGUGCAGCUCCUGGUGAGCAGGGAAAUAGGCUGUAGAUCUGUCCCAAACAGCUGUGAAGAGCCAUUCUUGCCCUCCCUGUGCAUGUCACCAGAGCUCAGAAUCAGGGCUCCAGGGUCUGACCUGGUAUCACUGCAGACCUGGUGUCCUUUGCUCUGCAUGAGCUGGGGCGAUGUUCACAACCUCCAUGAACCUAACAGGGAUAAACCUGCUCAGAGGAAUCAAAACCAAGUUGUGCAAGUCUUUUGCUCUGAUGCCAAGGUCUGCUUGCUAAGGCUCUGCUCCUAUUGCCAGUGGAAGCAAUCACAAAUUUUGCAAUUCCCUAAGAGUGAGCAGGCUCAGAUGGUAAUUGUUAUUUCUGCUUAAAAUGACAAGGCUUUUUUAAUGUGAGAUACUAAGCGCUAUCAGCCUAUCUGGAUAUAAGAGCACUGAAGGAUACUGAAGAACUUUGCAGGGUUGUUCCAAAGCCACUUGGAUGUGAUGACCUCUACAGUCACUUCAGAGUUUGUAGAACAUGGAGCACUGAGCAUGUUGGGAUUGCCAGUAUGUAGUAACAUGUGGAAGAAAAACUCAGAAUAUAAAUAAUAAAUAACAAAUCUGUGUGUUCCAGUCAGUCCCUCUGAUUCUACUGUUUUGUCUGUAGAUUUGCUUUCUAUGUUCACUUUAUCCAUUCCUUUCUCUGACUUUUUUCGUCAUCUCAGCUUUGCAUUGUUGUGCCCCUGACAUGGGUUAAUGCUGCAUGCUCUGGAGUCACUGCCUGUGGAACACCAGUCCUACACUGGCAGGCAGAAGCUGGCUCUGUUCUGCUUAUAGGCUGAAUCAGCUGGUGUGGCCCAGUGUGCUGCUGCUUGGUCCCUUGCUGCUCAGUCCCUGAAGAGGAAGGUCACCUGGUACAAAGUGUGACCAUGGUACAAGCUGAACUUCCCUUUCUGCCAGCCAAGAAAUUGUUUGUUUCCAUUGGAAAUCAGAGCAAUAUGUUGUUUCAUUUCUUGGCCAUUGCUCCCAUGCAUUCAUCUGUCUAAUAAAAAUUAAUUUAGAAAAUUUAAAAAGAA